AUGGCAUCAGUAGCUGGUAUUACACGGUUAAUUUUAGGAAGAAAUGUCUUUAACAGCAGCCGGACUCUGAAUGCCGGAUCUAUUAAGUUUUAUAGCACAGCACCGCAGUAUGAAAACAUUAAGAUAGACGUAGUAGGAGAGAAGAAAAAUGUUGGACUCAUUCAACUCAAUAGGCCAAAAGCACUCAAUGCCCUCUGCAAACCACUCUUCCAAGAACUUGGAAAGGCUGUGAAGGACUUUGAUGCUGAUGACAAGAUUGCUGCUAUUAUUAUCACCGGAAAUGAAAAGGCAUUUGCUGCUGGUGCUGACAUUAAAGAAAUGCAGAACAACACUUACAGCACAAAUGUCAGAGGUGGAUUCCUUCAAGAAUGGGAAGAUGCUUCCAAUUGCGGAAAACCCAUUAUUGCUGCUGUCAAUGGCUUUGCUCUUGGAGGUGGUUGCGAAUUAGCUAUGUUGUGUGACAUCAUCUAUGCUGGGGAGAAGGCCAAGUUUGGACAGCCAGAGAUUAACAUUGGAACCAUUCCUGGAGCUGGUGGCACCCAAAGAUUGCCAAGAUACGUUGGCAAAUCAAAAGCCAUGGAAAUAGUUCUUACUGGUAACUUUAUUGAUGCACACGAAGCUGAGAAAAUGGGUUUAGUUAGCAAAGUGUUCCCAGUUGAGAAAUUAUUAGAGGAAACAAUAAAACUAGCAGAAAGAAUUGGUACCCACUCCCCAUUGAUUGUCAAAAUGGCCAAGCAAGCAGUAAACCAAGCUUAUGAAACGACCCUUAAAUCAGGUCUGCAUUUUGAAAAACAAGUAUUCUACGGUACAUUUGCAACGGCUGACAGGCAAGAAGGCAUGAACGCUUUCAUUGAGAAGAGGACGCCUAACUUCAAGAAUGAAUAA